AACAUCACGUGAACACUCAGCUCAUGUGACAAGGGAGAGUCAAAACAGGAGCAAAAUGGCUGCAACUGGAGACGACGCCACUGUCAUGGACAGCAUCUCCAGGGCAUCGGGGGCCCAUUCAAGUUCCGCGAACCCGUCCGCAAGCUCCGGCAGUCACGCAGAAGUCCCGGAGGAUGCAGCGGACAGCCCGGGGGCCGCUCCCAAGAAGCCCCACACCAACAGUGAUGGUGGUGUGGAGACAGCAGAGGAGGCUGUGGAGCCUGCAGAGCCAGACAUCAAUGAGUUGUGCACUGAUAUGUUUGAAAAGAUGGCCAUCUUCCUGCAAGGAGAACUCACAGCCACCUGUGAGGAUUACCGUCUGUUGGAGAACAUGAACAAGCUAACCAGUCUGAAGUACUUGGAAAUGAAGGACAUCAGCAUCAAUAUCAGCCGUAACCUGCAGGAUCUCAACAACAAGUAUGCUAGCCUACAGCCCUACUUGGACCAAAUAAAUCAGAUUGAGGAGCAAGUGUCUGCGCUUGAACAAGCUGCUUACAAACUGGACGCAUACUCCAAGAAGCUGGAGGCCAGAUUCAAAAAACUGGAGAAGCGAUGAGCCGGAAGAAGAGGCAGACUGAGAGUUAUGGUGACUUCUCACCUUCUUUCACCCUGCCUUAGUCUCUCCUUGCCAGCGGAGCCAGGAGCUGUGGGCAGGAUGUGAACCGAGACUGAAACAACAAAUAGUCAGAGCCACUUUGACACCUAGAAACGACCAAGGAGGAAGCAGCUGAAAGCACAUGAAUCAGUACUGCAGUGCUUGGCUUAGAUUUAACUCCAGUAUCACUGUUUUUCGCAGCAGCUGUGCAGCCAAGAUGUGCAAGAGUGUACUGUGUGUAUCCACGUUCUUUUGCAGAUACACUUUAUGUUGAAUAAAUCUGCCAGCAAACAGCAUAUCCCAACUGAGUGGUGGAAUCAGAGUGUACUAAUCUCAUACUAAACAAAAAGAAAUGCAGCAGAUUGGCAGGAACCUGUACAAGUGAAGUAUAUGCUAACACUUACAGACGGGUGACAAAUUAAAGGGAAAACCAACAUAAAGCCACGAGCUGCCAGAACAGCUUCAAUGCUCCUUGGCAUUGAUUCUACAAGUCUCUGGAGCU